GACACUCACAAUCAAAAGUCUUAUUUCACAUAUAAAUGAAAUAAAUUCACAUGUAUAACCUGUAAAAAACAAUGUAUGCACUUAUGCAGCUUACUUAACGGAAUCAAAUGUCGUUUGCAAUCAUUUAAAUAAAUAUUACCGACAUAACGUGCAUUGCUAAAAGUAGUUUUAAAUUAAACCGGUAAUUUCUGUUAGAAUAUCAAUUAUAGACCAGUAUCGAUUUGAUAAAACACGUUUAAGACUAUUAAUAUCAAAACAAUUAGGUAAUGUAGGCGUCCAGUGUCAACUUUAGUCUCCACAUGUUCAGAGAGCCACAUGGACUGAGGAUUUCUGCUCAAUAAUCAUGGCAACAUCGAUACACGAGACAGUUCUCAUAGGAAUAUGUGAUGGAGCUAUUGGCAAGAAGAAAAACACAUCUUAUUGCACGAACAAAAUCGGAGAUAGACCGGACCUGCUUCCAAUAAUCACUCUCCAGUAUCCCAUAUGCAGUCUGUGUCAGAGAGGCCUGUCUCAUGUUGUGCAAGUCUACUGCCCCCUCGCGGCGUCUCCGUACCACAGAACCAUCAAUGUAUUUGCCUGCACCAAUCCACAGUGCUCUGGCAAAUCAGAAAGUUGGAUUGUUCUGCGCUCUCAGUGCCUGGAUGACGACAUCAAAGGCAGCAAAAGCCCGGCAUGUACAGAACCUGCAAUGUCCAGAACAGACUGGUGUGUUGAAGCAGAUGAUUGGGGCAUGGACGAAGAAGAGCAAGAGACUGUGGCUGAAAGCGGCGUACAAGUGCCAAAGGACAGUGUUGGAAAUGAUGUCAGCAGCAAGCUUCAAGCCCUGUGCAUUGAUGGAGGUGUGGAUCAGCAAAGUGCCCUCCAACCCACACAUGUGCACGUUUUCCAGUCGUUCUACAUAAGUGUUAUGGAUGAAACAGACUUGGAUGGAUUUCAUGAUACGGAUCACGAAAACGAACUGCUUAGAGAGUAUGAGGAAAGGGAAGGAGUGAUUGUCGGGGAGAUUCGAAGUUGUGGAAGUGGGGAAGCUCAGGAGGAAUAUGAGAAAGCCACAGUGAAGCAUGGAGAUGAAGUGUUCAACGGUUUCAUGAAGAAAAUAUCUCUUUGUCCUGAACAAGUGUUACGGUACAGUUGGGCCGGAUCACCUCUAUUUAUAACAGAGCCACCUAUCAACGUUAAUGAGAUGGUGCCGUUCUGUGUACACUGCGGCAGUCCGAGGGUUUUCGAAUUUCAGCUCAUGCCUGCGUUGGUCAGUUUGCUCAGUAGUGCAGGCAAAAUUUCAGACACUCCAUUGGAGUUCGGGACAGUUCUGGUGUACACUUGCAGAAAUAGUUGUUGGAAAUCUGGAUCAACAGUUCCAGUGGAAGAAUUUCUUUAUGUCCAGCCCGAUCCUGACCAAAAGCUCUUUAAAUGAUAUCAUUCAUCACCAUUAAAGAUCAUUUAUUAAUAGA